AGUUCAUCUGCAAUCGGAUUUGCAACAAGAUUAACCAUAAACGGAGUAGUAGUAGUUCGGUUAGCUUGAAAUAGCAAACCAACGAGAGAAAAAAAACAUGAGAUUCACGAUAUUGCUAGCACGUUGCUUGGCCGUUGUUUUGACGGUGAAAAUCACAACAAUCGGUUCGAAAAAUGUGAAUCAUUUUGAGUAUCCACUUGCACGACGUAAUGAGAGUGUGAUUGACGAUUAUCAUGGAAUCAAAGUGGCCGAUCCAUAUCGAUGGCUCGAAGAUCCUGAUUCCGAAGAGACGAAGCAAUUUAUCGAGGCGGAAAAUAAAGUGGCACAAUCGUUUAUAGAGGGCUCCGGUAAAUGGCACAAGAUCAACAAGAAAUUGACAACGCUUUGGAAUUAUCCAAAAUACAGCAUGCCUUGGCGACACGGAAACUAUUACUAUGCAUAUGAGAAUUCCGGUCUUCAAAAUCAACAUGUUUUGUAUAAACAAACUUCGUUGAAUGACAACAAACCAACGGUGUUUUUGGAUCCGAACAAAUUCUCCAAAGAUGGUACCAUUUCAUUGCAAGACAGAGCAUUCUCUGAAGAUGGAAGUUUACUCGCAUAUAGUGUCAGUGAAUCCGGUUCAGAUUGGAAUAAAAUUAAAUUUCAUGACGUUGAGAGCGGCAAAGAUUUUCCAGAUCUUCUUGAAAAAGUGAAAUUCUCGUCAAUGUCAUGGACACAUGAUAACAAAGGAUUGUUCUAUAACCGUUACGACCAAGACGGCAAAACCGAUGGUUCAGAAACCGUUGUGAAUGAGAAUCAAAAGCUGUACUAUCACCGUGUUGGUGAAUCUCAAGACCAAGACAUUCUUGUUGCUGAAUUUCCACAACAUCCUGGAUGGACAAUCGCGGGCGGCGUUAGUGACGAUGGCAAAUAUUUAAUCAUAAUAACCAGUGAGACGGAACGUGAUAAUUCGGUAUUUUAUGCUGAUUUGGAGGAAAAUGGUCCAAUCACGGGAAAAAUUCCACUAACACCUCUUAUAACGAAAAUGGAUGCUGAUUACAGUUAUGUCACCAAUACCGGUACAAAAUUAGUGUUCCACACAAACAAAGAUGCACCUAAUUAUCGUGUGGUUGUGAUCGAUUUGAAAGAUAGCAACGAAAAAAAUUGGAUUACUCUCAUUGAAGAACACCCAAGAGACGUAUUAGAUGGAGUGCAGUGCGUUGAUAAGGACAAGCUCAUUGUUGAAUACAUUAAUGAUGUGAAGAGUGUAUUUCAAGUGCACUCACUCGAAACCGGUAAAUUGAUUCGUAAAUUUCCGCUUGAAAUUGGUCAACUCGCUGGAUUCAGUGCGCAGAAGAAAUAUUCGGAAAUGUUCUAUCGACUGGAGUCAUUCUUAUCGCCUGGCAUUAUUUAUCGAUAUGAUUUCGCAACGCCCGAUAUCGAGCCAACUGUGUUUCGUGAAAUGAAAUUAAACUUGGAGGGUUUCGACAGAAAAGAUUUUAAAGUGGAGCAAGUGUUCUAUCCCAGUCGAGAUGGUACGAAAAUUCCAAUGUUCAUUGUGCAAAAGAAUACUAAAUCUGGAGGACCAAAGCCAUGUUUGCUCUACGGCUAUGGCGGAUUCAAUAUUUCAUUGUUGCCAUCAUUCAGUAAGAUGGUGUUGUUCUUCGUCAGUGUAUUCAAUGGAAUUUACGCGGUUCCGAAUAUCCGAGGCGGUGGUGAAUAUGGCGUCAAAUGGCACGAUGGAGGUCGUUUAUUCAAUAAACAAAAUGGAUUUGAUGAUUUCCAAGCGGCGGCUGAGUAUUUGGUGGAACAUAAGUACACAGUACAUAAACAGAUUGCAAUACAAGGUGGUUCGAACGGGGGACUGCUUAUUGGAGCGUCAAUUACUCAAAGACCUGAGUUGUUCGGUGCUGCUAUAGCUCAAGUCGGUGUAUUGGAUAUGCUUCGAUUCCACAAGUUCACCAUUGGCCAUGCGUGGAUCUCCGACUAUGGCAAUCCAGAUGAUAAAACUCACUUUGAAAAUAUUUACAAAUUCUCACCGUUACACAAUGUACGAUCGCCAAACAGCACCGUGAGCCAAUAUCCAUCAACACUUAUUCUUACUGCCGAUCACGAUGAUCGAGUUAGUCCAUUGCAUUCAUUGAAAUUUGCGGCUGCUUUACAAUAUGCUGUCAGAGACAAUCAGUUCCAGAAAAACCCAAUUUUAUUAAGAGUUUACAGCAAGGCAGGGCAUGGCGGAGGGAAACCAACAUUCAAAAUUAUAGAGGAAGAUACCGAUAUACUGGCAUUUUUAUAUCAAACGUUGCAAAUUGAUGCCGACAUUUAAUUUUAAUUUCAUCACAUAUUUUCUAUUAAUUUAUCAAAACGUUUUUUUUUUAAGUUGAAUAAAGUUUUCCGAUGGAAAAGUACAAUUUUCUUGAGCACUCAUA